UUUCACUCUUUCGCUUUAUUCCUUUUUACUUCUAUUCUUUUUUUUUUUUUUAUAUAUUUAUAAAAAAAUUUUUCUCUUUCAUUCUUUUAUUUUUAUAUCUCCUUUGAUUUUUACUUCUUUUCGUCUCGUACCAUAACAUAUCACGCCAUUGAAGAAGACUCAAAUCUUAAGCCACAACCGCUGGUCAUCAACUGACAACCCCCCGAGACCGGGUGGGCCGAUACUGGGCACGCUGCGGCGGAAGCCGGAUAGUGGUCAACCGCCAGGCCUUAUCAUAACAAGUCCUUGAUGGUCUAGUGGUUAUGAUUUCCGCUUGUCAAGAAUUCCUUACAAGCGCGGGAGACCAGGGUUCGAUUCCCUGUCAGGGAGUUUCUUUUUGCUUUGCUGCUAUAUUUGUAGUUUUUUUUACUUCCUCAUUUCUCUUGUUUUCCCUGGUCACUGAGCUGGAGUUAAUUGCGAGAUGCCAAGAUACCUUAGUUGUAGAUAAUUAGUGUGAUGACUGCGUAACAAUAUGUAUGUCC